GAUAAUUUUAUUUUUUAUUAAGUUACGAAAAAAAUAUUAAAUUAUUGUUCAGUCAGUGAUUCGAAGAAAAGAGCGUCAAAACACAAGGACUGUCCUACUUUGGUGAAUUUAAUUGAAAAAGUUGAGGAAUUUGUCGAUCAGAUGGUUGUUAUAAUGUCUUUUAAGCGUUACCUGUUUAGCGUGGGAUUAUUAGCGAUAGUAUGUUUAGAUGUUUCUUUGGUUCAUGCACAAAGCAAUGGAGACUUUUGGUGGUUAAACAAGAAAUUGGUAAAUAGCGCGAAAAAUGCACGUGAAACAAAUCCUCCAUCUGCGCGAGUUAUCAACGUUGCUCCGACAAUAAAUGAAGAAAUAAGGCCUGUAACUGAAAUUUUGGAUGAUAUUCCGCCUCCUGUUACACGAAGAAAUUUCUUCAGUACAACAAUUAGACCUAAAACAACAACGUCGACAACAACUCUGAAGCCUCCAACAACAAAAGUUGUUCGUCGCAUUCGCCCAAGUCGUAAAGGUUCAUUUCGUUUUCCCGAUGAAGUAAAUGUGACAACAGCAAAAGCUCCUCUUCGUAACGUAGAGUAUUUGGAAACGAACAAAUUGGAAAGCAUUGAACGAAGUCGUCGACCACAAACGUUUUCCAUUGAUGAAGUUCGAACUGUCGAAACAACAAAAGCUCCUUUGAGGAGUAGAAAACGAGUUCGUUUUCAAGGCAAAAGUACAGAUGAUGAUCAAACGGGAAGUGCAAGUGAAGUUAAUUUAGCAACGUACAAAGAUCUUUCGCGUUUUUUGACAUUCAGUUAAGAGAAGGAGUUCAACUUUAAUUUGUUGUUUUAUUGUUAAUCUAAUCCUUUUUUGCCAACUUCACGUCUUAAAACAGAUUUUGAGUCUUGAUAUGAUGCAAAUAUUGACUUAAAAACUGCCAUAAGUGACUUUGACGAGAAUCCGAAGGCAACAAAGAGAUUUUUUUUAUAUAUAAAAUAAAAGUUUCCUAUCGAGAAAAUAGAAUUUUAAACUAAUUGUUCUGUACUAUUUGCAGAUAAUUCCAUUAGUCUCCAUGCUGAUUUUGGAUUUAGGUCGUUUGGAUCGCGACACAAAACCCACACAUAGUUAACGCGCAUCACUUUAUCAGGAUCUCCUUCGACAACGACGCCCUUACUAUCUCGCACACACAUAAUUUGUUGUGUUUGGAAAGUAAUUAUUAAAACGGGUCCCUGUUCCAUCACUUUUCCCAUUGCAAUAUCGACAUUUUCGAUAUCAAGAAUUUUGGAAUCCAAAUAGUAACCGAGUUUUUUCGCCGCCGUUAUGGGGGUUGCGAUAAUGUUGUAAGUGCUCUCGAAACACCAAUCUUUAAGAAUUUCCAAGUCUCCGCGAAUCAUUGCUUCCAAAAUAUUCGGGAUAAUGUCGUUUUCACAAUCUCUCAGAAAUUGUUUUUGAUCGAAAUUCGGGUCGAUUUUACAGAUUUCCGUUAAGGUUUCAGAGAGUUCCGUUUUCGAGAAAAGUCCUCCGAAAAUGUCAGUAAUUUUGUCUGUGAGUAAACGUGAUGCUCGAAUUGCAGGAUUCUCACUUUCGUCAUAUU